GCGUCCUUCCAUUUUGAUCCCUUGCCGCAGUUUUGUGUCAAACCUGCUUUGACUUUAUAUAAUGUUGGUAUUUAUAUGUGCACACGAAUUCUCGUUUUGAUUCGCUAAUGUGCUGCUACGAGUGAACUUCCAGACUUUGUGUUGUGUCGCAGACUGAGUUACUUUAUCUGCAGUAUCUCACAUUAGCAGAUGCAACUUUUGUGUACGACGGUUUUACUUUAUUUCGUUUCCUCACGCUGUGUUUUAUAUUUAUAUAGCGAUAGCAUUUCCACAUCAGUUGCAGUGUUUUGUACACAAUGUCCCAACUCUGAUACUCCAAACAUUAUUUUGAUGAAGUGCAAGGAGAUUAAAUGUAGUUCCAUGCGCCAUUGUGCAAGCAGUGUGAUGCGAGAUCUUUAUACAUGAUGCAUUAAGGAUGUCUGACUCGGUCUGAUGUGUCAGGUUUCAGUCUGGUCUGAUGGCGCGAGGAAAUGGAUAAUUUAAUUUGAUAGACUAAGGUCAACCGCCCCUCUUUAUCACCUAGCAACUGCCACUACAGAGACGUUGCCCCUGGCCCCGCCCUCCAGAGAUGACUGAUGCCCAGAAGGCCAACGAGCUCCCUGAAUGCCCUUCAGAGGGCGGGGCCACCGCAGAAGAACAAGACAUGCUCCUGAAACAAGAAACCACGCCCACCAGCUCACCGGCUUGUGAAGAGCCAAACGGCAUACAGAGUCCUGAUAAAGAGCCCGCCCCUGGCCUACUCUCCAUGCCAUGCUUACUAAAGGAGCUUCACAGAGACUCCGCCCCCGGGCAGCUGCAGGAAACGGAUCCUCCAAUCACUGCUCAGCCCGGCCCUCAAGAAGACAGCGACUCGUCCGUCUGUCUGCGAUCGCCAUCCUCCUCCGGUCAUCUUGGCGACUCGGACACGGCUUCAUCGGCGGAGGAAGCCGCCGCACCCACCCAAACUGCGGGCAGGAAGUCGCGGCGUUCGCAUUCCGAGAGCGACACGUCCUCUGUCGCCAUGGCAGCCAAGAAAAACCGUUGCCAGGAGAAGCAGGUGAACGGGCGUGUUCGUGUGAAGGGUCCACGCAGCCAGAGGCAGAAACAGCGCAUGCGACAGUUGCGGCAGAAACGGGAGGCUGCGGCGAGGCGCAAGCCUGACGUGCUCCAGGACAGCAGUACGAGCGACAGUGACAUCACAGCCCACUCUUCAUCGUCGUCACCGUUAACUGCCUCGUCUGACAACGAGGGCGAGACAAUCAACUCUCACGCACCAGCUGGUCAACGCCGAGCCGAGAGUUCCGGAGCUUCAGCGCGAGGUCGGGGCCAAUUCGACAUGGGUGUGGCCGGCACCAGUCUGGGCGGAGUCUUGGAGGAAGCGCUCACGAGAUUCGCCGCGAUGCAGAGACAGACCGAGGAACGCUUUCGCGUGUGGAUGGACAGACUGACCCGGCUGCAUUCAGACGACGAUCUUUCGUCCAGUGAAAAUCCAGAGGUCCGGAGCCAAGUUAGUUCGUUCCUGCCGUCGUCCGAGUCGCAGGAGACUUUGGCGGCCUAUCAGAUGGCCCGAAUGAAUGCCAACCUGGUUCCACCAACACAGACUGCCAGCCUCAAUGGAAACGUGGAACCAUCCGAGCCAAACGUUUGAGGAACGUUACCAUCGCUUGUGCCGACUCAAUCUGACCGCUCUUUAAUGGAGAAUGCACAAACUUUCUCUUUAUUUCCCAAUAAAACAUCCUAACUCUUCCUUAAAAGCUCUCUUAUACGCAUUUCUCUUUUAAAAGAAAAGUUUGCCUAAAAGUUUAAAUUAUGUCCUUUACUCAAAUUCUGUAAAACACAAAAGGUGAAUUUUGUAAAAAAUAUUCUGGCCACUCCUCACCUUGAAAUGAAAGUGAUUGGGGACUGAAUUUUUCAAGCUCAAGUAUGAUAAUUUAGCUAAAUUUCAGGCCUUCUGAAGCAAUACGAUAGCUUUGUGUCAUUAUUAUAACUUAUUUUGGUCUGUUACACACAUACACACACAUUACCUUUAAUUCUUUCUAUACAUUUUUUAAGAACUUGACAACUUCAGUCCCUGUUUUCACAUUUUGGGGUGAACUAACCCUUUAACUUCAUCUGUCUCUCUUAUCAGCUGUUUUUCGUAUUGUAUAGUCGCAUCUCAGGGCGCCGCCACAGUCAGUGCCUUUGUAAGCUCUUGUCUUUGGAGAGCCAGUUCUUCCAUUCACUUGGAGUCGAAUCUUGUAGUGAAUCAUUUAAAUGAAUCAUUUGUCUUCCUCGUAGAAUAAUAAUGACUGACGACUUGUUUCUCCAAAAGACUCCUGAAGUUUUGCCUUGACUGCCAUUUUGUGUGUUUGUCUCUUCAUCUACGUUCACCUAGAUCGCUCGGACUGGCACGUCUACCAAAGAACUCGUACUCUUUGUUUGCAUUGUGGCUUGUUCUUACAGGUUCUUAUUUAAACGCUUCUUCCAAAGCAAAACGUGCAUGAAAAUAGCUGGAGUGCUGUGAUGUUAUGACUACAUGCACUAAAUUAGUUUAACUGCUAAGUACUAACCUAGAACUCGGACGAAUGAGGAUUUGUUCAUUCAAACACUAAUAUCAGUGCUGCGUAUGCAAAUACACUGGAAUGAUGUUACUUAGAAAUGCAGAAACUUUAGAUUAAAUUGUCCCUUUGCAAAUACAUAUGUUAUAUUCACAUAAAUGCACAGUUAUUGUUUAGUUUGUAGGCACAUCUCCCAGUCAUAUUUUGCACCAAAAUUAAGAAAACAUUUAGAAUUAUAAAGAUUUUUUGGUAUAUUCCUUUUACUUUUAAUACUUUGAUGUAUUUUGUGGGAUUUUCUUUAUAUUUGAUGAUGAUUCUCAUUGAUGAAAACUGUACAUUUUUUUGUGAAGUUUUAAAUCGCCAAAUAUAAAAAAAUUAUAUUUUGUAAAUAUAGUUGGAUUGUGUCAAUCAUUUGCCUUUAGACAUAAAAAGUUAUAUUUUGAUUUUGGAUUUAAAUAUGACUGGGACAUUUUGUGACAUGUUUUGUGACAUUCACACAUACUGUAAUUUUACUAUAGUGACUUGCAAGAGGACUUCAACCAUGUUUACUGUGUCUGAAGAAGAAUGUUUACGGUUUUAUUAUUAUUUUUUUAUUAUUAAGAUAAUCAGGCUGCCUACUGAUUUUAAUAUCAAUGUUUUAGAUGUCCUCCACGUAAUUCAUAGAUUAAGUACUUGAAUAAGUAUUGAGUAACCAGAGAUGGGUGUUUUUCUGUAUGUCAUCGAUUUACAAUAAUAGUGUCUGACCAAAACCAAAAGUAGGUCAGGUAAUGUUUUUUUUUUUUGGUGGUGUUUUCAUGUCUAUCAUGUAACACAAUAUUGAGGUUUGAUGUCUGCUCCGUUACUAGCUGGUAAAUAAAUAUAUACACCUCACCUUGUGCACCUUUUUAAGUGUUUUUAGUGUAAAAUGAAUGCACUCUUAACCAGUACUGUUUCUUUUUAAUAGUCAUUCAAAGUAGCAUUAAUGUUGUCUCACAUAAGGAUUGUUGAUGCUUUAAGUUAAGAAGUCACUUUCAUUUGUUGUUUCUGUAAGACGUUUAAUGCAGGGUGAAGAUAUUAACACUUGUGACUAGUUAAGGAAACGUUAACUAGAAAUUGCAACUUAAAUAACAAUAUAUAAGAAUGACGGUCUGUAACAAGCAAUUUAUAUUUAUAAGUUCAUUCUUUAAUGCACUUAUAUUACCAAAACUUAAUAUACUGCCAACCUCUGUAAAAAAAUCAACAUUUCACUAAAGGGUGAAUUCAUUGUAAGAAGUUCCACAAGGUAACAAAAACUUAUCUUUUAAAUGUCUACAUUUAGCCGCACUUUCCAAAUUAAAGAUGUUUUGGAAGAGAGGAGGUGAAAAGUAAAUGUUUUGUGGAUGAGACAAUAUUGGGGUAUUGCAAAAAUAUUAGGGGUUGGGUUUCAUUAUUUUUUUUUUAUCAGAUAUCGACACAUGCUGUUUUUUUAACAAUACCAAAUAUUUGGAUGCUUAUGUGCCCGAUAACCAAUAUGUUGAACCGAUUUUAAUUUACAAAUUUAUCCCUGUUUGGAUCCUAAGGAAUGAAUGGGGCUAGGCUAAAUGCUAACACAUUCACGACGCGCUGUGAAAAGAUGAAGUGCACACAUUAAAAAAAGAUUGGGAUGUAUUAUUCAUCUUAGUUGAGGUAAGAACAUAGUAAAAUAUUGAAAAACGGUGGUGUUUUCCUUUAAGGUGAGUGUGUCUGCUGCAUUCUGUUUUAAUGACUCCGGGGUAAAUAA